GAGAGGAAGAGGAGAGCGCAAAUGUGCUGUGCUCAUUUCAUCAGAAUUCGGCGUGCGCACUGGCGAGGAUCUUGCGGGAUCGCCGCGUAGAACGUGGACAAAAUUUUUGGUUGAAAUGUUUCAGAACAUUGCGUCUUGUAGAGCUAGUCUGAAAGGAGCCACGCACUCGACGAGACGCGUGAGAAAUGGCACGAGAGAAUAUUUAUUUUCACACAUACCCCAACCACCGCCGACAGAAUUGCAUAAUGCACAAGUGCAGUCGAUUCGAUUGUACUCGAAUCCGGGAAGACGGCCGAAUUUCUUCUCUCAGUUUUUGGAGAACAUCAAGCAGGAAAUGGAGAAGAAUAAAGAAAUGAAAGAAAAUCUGAAAAAGUUCAGAGAGGAGGCUCAGAAAUUGGAGCAGUCGGAAGCGCUGAGAACGGCGAGGCAGAAGUUUCAAGCCGUUGAGUCCGAAGCUAGCAAAGGGUCGGAAGUGAUCAAGGAGAAGUUGGACACGAUUAAGGAAAAGGUACAAGAGGUCAUUGAGGAAGCGAGCAAGACUGAAUUAGGCAAACGCGCCGGUCAAUUGGGCGAGGAGAUCACGAAGUCCGCGAAAGGCGCGGCCGAGACGAUCUCCGAGAAGAGUCAGGCGCUGGGCAAAACGGGCGCGUUUCAAACAAUAUCCCACACCGCGGAGGCGGUUCGAAACGAGCUUGAUCAACAUGGGAUUUUAGGAAACGUUUAUAUCGCGCCUAAACAGUUACGAAAGAGAAAAGAAGUGCCGAUAGAAACUAGAGAAAUUCUACCCGACGAGCACGCGACUGGGGUGGAAGUGCACAAGGACUUCAUGUUUUCCAACGCCUGGCAGAAGUUCAAGGAUAACAAUCCAUACGUUAACAAGGUAAUGGAUUGGAAGAUAAAGUACGACGAAUCGGAUAACGCGAUGGUGCGCGCUUCGAGACUGCUCACGGAUAAAAUCUCGGACAUCAUGGGCGGACUCUUUCAAAAGACCGAACUGUCGGAGACUCUGACCGAGAUCUGCAAUCUUGAUCCGAGCUUCAGUAAAAGUCAGUUUUUGAAAGACUGUGAGACAGAUUUUAUUCCGAAUAUUCUCGAGGCGAUGAUCAGAGGCGACUUGGAGAUACUAAAAGACUGGUGCCACGAAGGGCCUUACAACAUAAUCGCGCAACCGCACAAGGAACUCAAGAAGCUCGGACAUCGUUCGGAUAGUAAAAUUUUAGAUAUCGACAACGUGGAUCUGAUGAUGGGGAAGAUGAUGGAUCAGGGACCGGUGUUGGUUAUCAGUUUUCAAUCUCAACAAAUAAUGUGCGUGAGAAAUUCCAAGAACGAGGUGGUGGAGGGUGAUCCGCAGAAAGUGAUGCGCGUCAAUUACGUCUGGGUUAUGUGUCGCGAUCGGACGGAAAUCAAUCCCAAAGCUGCGUGGCGUUUGCUCGAUCUCAGUGCCACCAGUUCGGAACAGUUGGUAUAGUGCGCGAAAAUAUCAAGUUGAACUGUUUAGAAAUUUACGCAACCAAGAGAGAGAAGAGAGAGAGAGUCCAGUACAUAUUGUAGUAUUUGUUCAUUUUUUUUUUUUUUUUUUUUUUUAUCGUUGCCAUUCACAACGUCCACAAUCUUCAAUCAAAAGUGAUUGAAACAAUCGUCUAGCGUGCGUAUAUAAUAGUCAUAGUGCGUUUUCAUAGUAUAUUUUUUAUGAAAGAAACAAAAAAAUUGGUUAUUUAUUUCACAGAUUCUAAGAACGCGUAUGUAAAUCUCUGAGUAAAAUUUAUAAAGUUUUACCAAGUUUCGAUAUGAAGAAAAUUUAUAGACCGAUAAGAGAUCUUUCUUUCACCCGUAAACAAAACUAGAUUAGACUAGAUGACUAGAUUAUAAAAUAAAAACUUGAUUAAUUUUCCCUUGUUUUCGAACAUUUUAUUAUUUCAUUUCCGUCUUAUUAUAAAUCUUAUAACAAAUAGAAGAUUUAUAAUAAAUUUCGUAAUAAAUUGAUACAAUAUAAUAUAAAUUGAUAUAAUUAAUAAAUUAAUAAAUUUCAUAUUAUAUUGAAAAAUUCAUUUACAAACUGGAGAUGGAAUAAAAUUUGUCGUCGAAACGUCCCCCCCCCCUAAAAAAAAAAAAAAGAAAA